CGAUAUGCGCAGCGGUUGAAAACUGGUCGCUAUCUUGAAGAAAUGGCGGUAAAAUAAGUCGCGAUCUAUGAUAAGGAAUACUCAAGAAUAAUCGCCCAUAAAGCGAUCUUCUGAUGCUUGAUCGACUAUAAACUUUUCGUUUUGAUUUCAUUUGGUUGGUUGAAUACUUGCAAUAAAUUAUAGCUGAGCCUAAAAAUGGAGUACAGAUUGAUGCCAGACCCUUUGGACAGCAGAGAGAACACUUUUACAAACCUUUUAUUACUCGGAUUCAGGCCUGACAUCUAUGAAGCAAAACACAAAUGUCCAUUUAAUAGGGAUGCAUUUGUCUUCCCAAACAAAAAAGCAAUGGAGGCUGUGUUUCAUUUUCUGUUCACAAAGCUCAAUCCGGAUGUCGCCAGGGAUGAAUUCAGAAACUGUUGGCCAAUUCUGGAUAAGAAGCAUGAAUCUGCUUUCCGCAAAGUUGCUGCUGGUUGGCUGAACAGAAUUAGAAAGGAAAGUCAUGAUUCACACCUUCCAAGAAUCGUUGCUUCGGUGCUUAUGUCCCCAGGAGGAGACAAGUUCUACCAGCUGCUCUUCUACUUCUCAUCCUAUGUAUUGAAAGAAGAGUUGAAGAAAGUUCUUGGAAAAUAUGAAAUUGUUCUUCCGUGGCCAUCUGAUGCACCUGCUACAAAAUCUAUGGUUAAUCAAAUGUCAAAAGUCUUAAGAACUAAAGUUACCGUAGAAACAAAAAGGUGUCUUCAAGUUGCAUCUUUAUCAAACACAGCCCAAGAUCAAUGGGUGCUCUAUGCAAGUGAACUUACAAAAGAGAACAGAUCAUUAAGAAAAAAGAAAAGAGAAGUAGAGAAAUCAUUCAAGGAGUUAGAGGCUGAGCAUCUGCAGCGUGGACUUCUCAGCCCAGCACCAAGUCGAAUAGCUCCUGGUGGAUCACCCUAUGCAGGACAAAUCAAAAGUUUAAAACGAACAAAAAUUGUUCAAAGAGUGAGAGAAUUUUGGACACGGCUUGAAGAACUGUACCAGUCGCAUGGGAUACUACGUGAGAAAAUUGGUGAAAUUUUGCAUGGAACAGGAAAGAAGUUUUCCCUUAAAAGCUGCGACAUAGAUAUUAAGAUCCCUGACCUUCUCAUUAGGGAAUGUGAAGAAGACAUCUAUCAGAAGAGAAUUGGCAACACUUAUGAGGGUGGACGGAUUAAUUUAUUAAGUUUGGUGCAGUUAUUAAAUCUUUCAUUGCAUCUGGUUCUGGAACAAGUUCGAUCACACCCACUUCCUUCUCUUUCUGAAGAAGAAUCAAGUGUUCGACAAAAACUCCAUGCUUUGUCUGCCUAUGUAGAAAGUGCUCGAUCUUUAAAAGAUAUCCUAGAGGUUGAGAUGGUUCCAGAGUUGAAAGAUUCGAUCGAAGAAUUAAAAGAAAAUAUUGAAAUGUCAGCGACAAUAACGAAGCCUCGAACGCCAAAAACUACCAAUAAUAUAUUUGAUUUGGGCCUAACUGGUCUGCCAGCCACACCUUCAGUUCAACUCAAAGCUGAUGCUGAAAGCGAAAAUGAAAAGCAGGCAUUUAUUAAACAGCUGUUCACAGAUUCAAAUGCAAAUACCCCAGAAGCAAUAGAGGGAUUGAUGCAGUCUUUACGAGAUGCAACCACUGUAGUUACCCCUUGUUCUAACGGCAAAUUUGAUGCCAGUAUAAAACCACCACAACCAAAGACUGAUGGGAGGCCUAAAGUGUCACAAAAGUCGUAUCCAAAAGCAAGAAUCCCUAUAGCUAAGUCAAAAUCCACCAGUAGACCGAGAAGGCUAGUUGCAAGUAAAGGUGAUGUCGUGCGCCUCUCCAAAAUGGAAGAUGUUGCCUCGAAAAUAGAAGAAAAACAAGUAACGAAACCAAAAGAAAACACAUUGAUGGAAUCGAAAGCAGACAAGUCAAAUUUCGACGCAGACAAUAGUCUUACGGGAAAAGCACGUGAAAUUCUUGCAGACAAAGUUGCGUCAUUCGUUCUACAACAGAGGGAUGCUUCAUCUCAGUCAUCAUCAUCAUCAUCAUCUUCAAGAAGUGCUACCCCUCUGGAGCAUGGCCUUGCUGAUCCAAUUUCAGCAAUGGCUGAAGAUGCGUUUGAGCAUAAAGACAAAAUUGCAAGGACACCAAUAAAGAAAGAGAAAGCUCCGAAACAGGGCUCUGUUGAUCUCCUUGAGUCAUAUCUGAUUUCAUCGUCUUUGCAUAUCGAAGGCACACCGAACACUCGAACUAUGCUCUUUCCAGACAGUGCUACGAACACACCAUUCACGGGAGAAAGCUUGUUUGACACGCCUUUGCAUAACACCGCCCCUAGAGGUGUACCACAAGGAUCGAUGCAGGGAACUGACGGAAAGAUGUUUUCUAGAGGUGCUAUCCUAGAUCCAGAAAGCCCUCUGUUCGAUGCGUUCUUACAGACGCCCUUGGUUAGCAAAGCUAUUCGGUCUUCAGUUGCUUCCUCCAUUAUGAAUUCUGAUGAUGAGCAUACAAUAUCAUUUUCAGGUGAUAGAAACGAGGCCAACAGUACCCCAAGGCCAGCUAGAGUGAAUGCAACUACAAGGCUAGAUUUUGACACCCCAGUUUCUCAUAUCGCUAGAGAGACCUCUAGAAUUACUUCUUUACUGUCCACGCCUUUGGAGACUGAUCCAGAUACUAGAGAAAUUUCUACAUUUAGUGCAAAAAAUGGCCAAGGAAAUGCUGCAAGACCAAGUCCAUUGGAAAUAUCUUUCAUAAGGGAGGAGAAAUGCCCUCGAAAUGUAAACCCUACCAAAACAGAGGGAGAGGACGCAAAAUACGAGCUGCUAGGUGGUAGGAAAGGAGAGAGGCCCGAGGAGAAGAGAGAGAAUGACAACUUGAAUAAUAAGGAACAUCUUAAUAGUUUAAUUGAAAGAUUCAAAAACUUAAAAGCAAAUUCGAAAAAGCUGCAGGAUUAUAGAGAACCCAAUACACCAAAUCACUCUGGAAGACCCCACUUCUCAGAUUUAAGAAAUACACAUGCUGAUGAUGUGUAUGAACACCGAAAUGAUCAAAAGCAAACUUGGAUUUCACUUAACGAUGAAAACCUUGUCUCGGCACACAGUUCCUUUAUUGACAUGGCAAGAGAAUCAGCGACAAGGGAUGCUGUGACGUGGGCCGAUUUGAAAAAUUCGUUCACCUCAGAGGAACCGGAGAAGGAAAAUGAAACUGCACAACAUCAGAAGCUGGAUGCGGAUGACAGCUUCGAGGACCUCAGUAUUCCCGUUGCGCACCAACUGUCCUUUUUGCAGCUCGAUACCCGAGAUCUUAGUGCUGAUAAUAAGCUAGAUCACUCUGUGUCUCAAUAUAGAGAUCCGGGUAUAACGAACUCUUCGAAACCGAGUCAAUAUGAAAGGACUAAUCCAGAAUCAAAAGCACCUGGGUUGGAAAAUAACCUCAGUUUCGAAUCCCCGUUUGUAUCUAGAACCUCUUUUGAAAAUGGAUUUCCGCAGCUGACCCAAAAAAGGGACGAUUUCGGAACAUUAUUUAAUACUUGCGCGACUACACCAAUGUCUAAAGCAUUAGAUGAUGACGAUUUUAAUUUACUGACACCCGGUUUCGAUCUUCGUAGAAGAAUAGAAAUGUUUUCAUUUGACGUUGGAUCUCCUGGAACUGGAGGGGAACAAUUAGGGCACCGUGAUGAAGGACCCUCCCCAAUCACGAAUCUGAUUGAUUUUAACUAGGCUGAUGAAAGCAAAGCGACUCCAUCUAAUUGAUGCAUCCAGUGCAAAUCCUGGGCGUUUUAUUGAACACAAUCUACUUUACAGCGUUUUCGAUUGAUUUGUAGAUUCAAUCUUGGCCUGCUGUUAUAGAAGGCCGUGGUUGUACCAGUUUUGUCGAAUAUGUUGCAUCCCUUUGUUUGAUGCCGUUAGCCCUUCUAUAUCGACGUAGUCAAUUUUAAGGUUCUUUGUUCUGUGUAAAUUAAACCCAAAAAUAACAUUGAAGAAACCCACUAUGAUUGUAUGGCCUUAUAUUUAAACAGAUCAAACCUGUUGAAUAAGGCUUUGGAUAAAACUCAGGGGCCUAUUUAAUAGGGUGGGGCUCGCUGGAUCACCUCCAACCAUUCCCGAUCUAACGCCUGUCGUCUGUUAUUGGUUCCUGGUAUUGGUCCUUAUUUUUAUUUACUGGCCCACAAAGACAGCCCUUGCAAUUAGAAUUUUUACAAGAAAUCGUCUAUAAAGAUCCUCUAAAAUGUUUAAGACAGCCUGACCACUAACCCCAUACUCCCUCCACCUCCCCCUUUCCCCCUCUCUCCCUCUCUCCAAGUACAACUGGACGAUUCUAACUUUAAAAUGUUGAAGCGUUGGUUUUCUGUGGUGUACUAAUCUUUGCAGCUUAGAUAUUUGUUCAAAAUUUGUGACAAUGGUCGAAAUUGUUGUAGUGACUGAUAGCUAGACCAUUUAUGUUUUAGAGUUUUUUAAUUUGCUUAAAUUAUUAUGAUUUGGUUGUUAAAGUUUAGAAUUGCAAUGAAGAUAGAUGUUGUUUUGUUGUUCA